AUGAGCGACCUUAUAUCUCGCCCAGGUCCUUCCGGGGGCAACCCUCAAGCACAAGACCCCACAACGGCGCUAAGACGGGCGUUGGUGGCCUUUGAGGAUGUGCUCACAGAGGAGCAAAAGCAGAAAUUUCUUGCAAGCAACGACAAACCGGACAUUGCGAGCGUGAUUUCAUUCGUGGCAGAAGUCGACGCGAAUAACAGCAGCACAGCAAGGAGAUGUGUUGCCCCGAGAUUGUAUUCCUUUCUCGAGUCGACGCAGCAAUUUACUGCUAUCGUAGACACUUUUGUCAGCUCCAAUCCUCAGAUUGCCGCUUUGGUCUGGGGAGGAGUCAAAUUCGCUAUCCUCUCGGCAAGCAACAUUUCAUCCUACUUCGAGAAAGUGACGAGCAUGAUUAUGGAGAUCGGCAAGACUUGUCCAAGAUACCAACAGUUUGGCCAACUCUACCCCGGAUGCACUGGCCUCCAGCGUGAACUAUGCGAAUACUACGCAACUAUUGUUCGUCUUUGUAUCAAAAUUGUUGAAUCAUGCCGACGAGCCCCUGUUUCACAGAUUCUAUCCUCUGUUUUCAACCCCUUUGAAUCCGAAUUCCAGCCUCUCCUAAUUCAACUUGAACAGACUAUAAAAAGCGUGCGCUUGGAAAUUUCGCUUGCCGCCAACCAGGCCCUUGAAGAAAUGAGAAAGCUAGUGGAACAUGAAAGUCAUAACAGCACGUCCUUCCGCCGACUCGCAUUGAAAUUUCAUGAAAAGUCCGAGAAAGAGAACGCAGAUGCGAACGAGUGGCGGCUUCUCAGGUUGAAAAGAGAAAACGCAAAAUUGAGAUCUGCAGUCAAGGAUAACCUCUCAGCUUUCGACUUUGCAAAGCCAUGGAAGCAGGCUUUAAGAAAGCGCGUGCCUUCCACAGCGGAAUGGCUCCAGCAAGAACCAGUGUUCUCUCAUUGGAGAGAUUCCCCACAGAGCUCCAUUCUCUGGUGUCCCGGCAAAAUGGGCGCGGGAAAAACAAUCAUGAUGUCUAAUGUAGUGGCACAUCUAUAUAGCUCGAGACAGCCCGAUGAUGUUAUCUCCUACUGCUUCUGCUCUGUGGAGAACUCGGAAUCCCUAUCAGCCAGAAGCGUCUUUGGGACCAUCGCCCGCCAAUUGCUUUCUUCUCAAAUCGAGACUGAGAACAUUCAAAAGCUCCGAGAACUCGAGAGUAUGACUCAAAAUCUCGAUACAUCACAGGUUAUUGACCUGCUUCUCUCAUACCUCGGCAGCGGCAAACAGUACUUUUUAGUGCUGGAUGGAGUUGAGGAAUUUGAAAGUGACGAGCUCAAAGAUCUGACAUCAGGUCUAGCUACACUUUGUCGGAGCCAAAAUCAAACCUUUAAACUGAUCUGCGCAGGCCGUUUUGAACUUGAAAACAAGUUAUUCAAUUUGAACAAACUUAACUUGACUAUCCCGAUUACAGGCCAAGAGGUCGAUACAGACAUAGAUCGGUAUAUCUCGACUAUCCUCAUUCGUUGUCUCGAGGAAGAGCAGUUGAAGUUAGGAGACCCUGGUCUGAUAAUCAAAAUAUCCGACGCAUUACGCGAUGGAUCUAAUGGCAUGUUUCUUUGGGCCCAUUUGACCAUCCAGGAUCUCUGUGCCCAACAAAGCGAUAAUGACAUCCUCGCUGCUCUGGAAACCCUUCCUCGGAGCUUACAAGAUAUCUUUGAUCGAAGAAUCUCUCGUAUCCGAGUUCAGCAACGCAGUGAUAACGCCCUCAAGGCUUUGAAAUACUGCGGUAUUCUCAAGCGUCCACUGGCCGUAAUGGCGUAUCAAGAAUUAUUAAGCCUCUCUCCAUACCAAAAGUCUCUUGAUCGUGGAAGCUUUCCCAACGACAUGGAUCAAGUUUGGAGCGACUGUUGUGGCUUAGUGUUUGUGGACGAGGAAGAAGGCACUGUCCACUAUGUUCAUCAAAGUGUCAGAAAAUAUCUUUUCAACACCGUAAGCUCACAUUUGAACGGCUUUAACAUCGAAAGUAUUGAUAGCCGGCUCGGACUUCUCUGCAUGACCUAUUUGGACCUUUCCGACUUCAAGCGCCAGUUGGCGAAGGUACUCAAGUCUUCUAAUGCUCGAUUGCAACCAGUUCAGUUUGGCAUUUCAUCGAUAUCUCAUUCAAGGAGCACAAAGAAUCGAAUAGCAUUAAAGUUGCUUUCGAAUCAUCGUCAGAUUCAAAAUCCCAGCUCACAGGAGCUGGGGAGGAAUAUGGAAAGAAUACUCCAUGACUUCAUGUCUUCAUCUCAAACCCCUGAACAGGAGAAUGAAUUUCAUUUCCUUGAAUAUGCUCAGGCACAUUGGAUCUCCCAUACAUCGAACAAAGCGACCUUCGAAAAUCCGGAUAUGUGGGCUUUGUUUCGUAGGUGCUUGAAGAACGCCGAUGUUGUUGCACAUAAACCAUGGAGCGAAAACUCUAGUCGGUCUCUAUCCAAAGCUGAGGUUAUCACGCAGCAGAGUCACUUUACCUUGCUGUUUUAUUCUUGUAUAGGAGUGCCAGGAAGGCUAGAAAAAGAGGAUUUGAUUCAAAUCCUAAGGGAUUGCAAAUUGAAGGAUCGGUUUCUAUUCACAAAUGAGAUACUAUCUGAGAUCAAAUCUGAUAACCUCUCUGACUAUGCGCUCUUUUAUGCCGCUGAAGCAGGCUGCCUUGGAUCGAUCCGUCGUUCGCUCGAAUCCAAAGCAGAUGUGAAUAUCGUGGUGUCCGGCUGCUCAGCGCUCCAGGCAGCGCUAAAGGGAGCCCACUCGGCAGUAGUACGGGAACUACGGCUCGCCGGGGCGGAUGUCAAUUCCCACUGGAAUCAGGAAUCUUGCUACACUUGA